AUGAUGGUUGACAACAUAAACGUAAAUCCCGAGGAACAUUAUAACCCUAAUACUACUCAGCAGUUUACGAUUAACGAAGAACAAUUAAAUUUAAAAGAUGCAAUUAUAUACUUAAAUCAACAAUUAAACGCUUGCGGCUAUCAUUCUUCUUUAGAUUUUUUUAAUAAUAAUGAUGAAAAAUCUGUUACCAAAAUUGUUGAUUGCAUAUCCGCGUUAUUACAGCAACAACAAAAAGAUGCUGCGUAUCGAGAAGAAAUGCACGAUCAACAUCAGAAAUUGCAAACAGAGUUAAGCGAACGUGAAGUAGAUACUUUGAGAGCUAAAUUAAUUAAAACGGAAGACCAAUUACUGUCUGAAUCCGAAAGACAUCGGUCAACAAAAGAUGAAUUAAUUAAAACGAAAGCUAAUUUGCAAAAUGUCAAAUCGCAAGCUAUGCAUGACAUUAGAAAACGCGAUACGGAAUACACUAGAUUUAAAGAAAAAAUGCAAAAAGUUCUAAAUGAUAAAUAUUCCAUGUGUGGACCUCAGGGUGUAAACCCACCACGGAAACAAGUAUUGAGAAACACGAAUUAUGCCGCUUCAUUCAUUAGUUCUGACGUUGAUGUUCCUGUUUUAUUUGGUGGUUUGAGUCAUAUGGAAAAAAAUUCGGAAAAAAUUAAGCAAGGCGAUGGUGAUGCUGAUGCCCGUGAUAAAGAUUUAUUACAGGAAAAUUCAAAAUUACGAAAGUUACUUUUCGAAGUUCAUAAUCAAGUUAUCUCAUUUAUAAGCUCUCAAACACAAAUGCGUUUUGCAUCAAUAGAUCCGGAGCUGGCCAGUUUAAAAACCCCUGAAUCGUAUAAUUCUAGAGCGGCACACACUCAACUUCCAUUUGAACUUUUUGCCCAGAAUCUAGAGGAAGAAGUUAAAGAUCUUUUACUAGCUCUUCAGUUUGAAUGGAAUAAUCGUCCUGUUGGUAUUAUUGAAGAUUUUCAACAAAAAGAUGAAGAGAAAGAUAAAGAAAUUAUGCAAAAGAAUUUUGAAAUUAAACAAAAGGACGAUGUGAUUAAACAAAAUGAAUAUGUAAUUAAACAAAAGGACGGUGAAAUUAAACAAAAAGAUCAUGUGAUUAAACAAAAAGACUAUGUGAUUAAACAAAAGGACGAUGAAAUUAAGCAAAAAGAUUAUGUGAUUAAACAAAAGGACGAUGAAAUUAAACAAAGGGAUGAUGUGAUUAAGCAAAGGGACGAUAUGAUUAAACCAAAGGACUAUGUGAUUAAACAAAAGGAUGAUGAAAUUAAACAAAAGAAUAUCGAAAUUAAACAAAAGAGUGACGAAAUUAAACAAAAAGACUGUGUGAUUAAACAAAAGGACGAUGAAAUUAAACAAAAAGACUAUGUGAUUAAACAAAAGGACGAUGAAAUUAGACAAAAAGACUAUGUGAUUAAACAAAAGGACGAUCAAAUUAAACAAAAAGACUAUGUGAUUAAACAAAAGGAGGAUCAAAUUAAACAAAAAGAUUAUGCGAUUAGACAAAAGGAUGAUGAAAUUAAACAAAAGAAUGUCGAAAUUAAGCAAAAGAAUGCCGAAAUUAAACAAAAGAAUGUCGAAAUUAAACAAAGGGACGAUGGGAUUAAACAAAAGGAUACAAUAGUUCAGCAGCAAGAAGCAAAAAUUGGAUCACUUGGGAAUCAGCUCGAAACAAGUGCAUGGAAGACUUUACGUGCAACUCCUGAGAUCAAUGGCGUAGAGAUUCCCAUAGACAUUUCGAAACCGAAUCCUAAUAAUUUAGAAUUUGACAACCUUUACCUGGACAUGAAUGGUAUAAUACAUCCUUGCUGUCAUCCUGAAGGCAAGCCAGCACCAGAAACUGAAGACGACAUGAUGAUUGAAAUCUUUAAAUAUACAGAAAGAAUUAUUAGCAUAGUACGGCCAAGAAAAGUUUUAUAUCUUGCCAUAGAUGGUGUGGCUCCUCGAGCCAAAAUGAAUCAACAGCGAUCACGACGUUUUCGUACAGCACAAGAAGAUAGAAUAAAAAACGAAGAAAGAGCUAAGGAAAUUGAAAAUCUUAAAGUCAUCCUAUCUGAUGCUAGUGUUCCAGGUGAAGGUGAACAUAAAAUCAUGGAUUUCAUUCGCGGACAGCGUUCCAGUCCUUACCAUGACCCUAACACACGGCAUGAUGCUGAUUUGAUUAUGCUUUCGUUGAGUACUCAUGAACCUCACUUCAAAGUUUUGCGUGAAGAUGUUUUUUUUAAUGACGGCAGUUUUAAGGUAACUCGCCCAAAAUCAAAAGAUAAUGGGAAAAAUGUGGAUUACAAUAAACCAUACGUACUUUUAAAUAUAGAGACUCUUCGCGAAUAUCUUGGAAUUGAACUCAGAGUACCAUCUUUGCCUUGGCCAUUUGACCUGGAAAAUGCGAUUGAUGAUUGGGUAUUUCUUUGUUUUUUCGUUGGAAACGAUUUUCUCCCGCACUUACCUUCCUUAGAAAUAAGGGAGGGCGCAAUAGAUACUUUGAUAUCUAUAUGGAAACGUUGUCUACAAGUAAUGAAUGGAUAUAUAACAAAUUGUGGAAAUGCAAAUCAUUUGCCCGUUGGAAUGCCUCUUCUUACCGUUAAAGGUCUUGACUCGCAAAUCCGUGCGAGAACAAAUCAAGAGGUUGUUGCCAAUCGGCAGGCGCUACGUAUGGCUAAUUUGAGUGCUGCUCAAUUAUUAAAGGCUGAAUUGAGUGGAUUAGAACCUCCGGUUCAUGGAGUAGAGCCUCCGGUUCAUGGAGUAGACCCUCCGGUUCAUGGAGUAGACCCUCCGGUUCAUGGAGUAGAACCCCUGGUUCAUACUGCCACUUCUGAUGCGACGCCUACCGAAAAUUUGAUUACACUUCAAUCCUCUCAAACGACAAUAAUCACACCUACACCUCAAUUCUCAACGGAAACUCUAAAAGUGUCAACGAGUGAUGAAGAUACAAUUCUAUCUUCAAAUUCUGCAGGGACAAAAAGAAAAUUUUCGGAUGAUAGUACUCAAGAAACUCAUGUUGAUGCUAAAAAUAUAAUAGAAGAAUCGGGUGAACCUGCUCAAUGGUACUAUCCAUACCACUAUUCACCUUUUGCUUCCGACUUCAUUGAUAUUGGUGAUCUAAAAAUAAAUUUCGAACUAGGUGAACCAUUUAAACCAUUUGAACAAUUAAUGGGUGUAUUACCAGCUGGCAGUAAAGAACAUUUGCCCGUACCAUUUCACCAACUAAUGACUAGUCAAGACAGCGAAAUAAUUGAUUUCUAUCCUAGUGAUUUCAGGAUAGACUUAAAUGGGAAAAGAUAUGCUUGGCAAG